CGUGCUAGCUAGGAACUGCGCGUGCAGGUGUGGGCGUGGACCUCCCUGCGGGAACCCGCCUGUCGCUUUGUGUCGCUCGCUUCCCACUCAGCCUCCGCUCCCAGCCGAGUGUUGAAGGGAACUCAAAUAUUUUUAUUGCCGAUCUCUACUUCAGAUUCUACAAGAGAACCACUCUCUCCAGUAGCUUCUAAAGCCCAGGAUUCUAGCCUUUUAUCAAACAGACUCAUGAUUGAAAAACAGCAGGAAGAAGCAGAAUGGGAAAGCAUCAAUGGGCUAUUGAUGACGCGUGGCUUCAAACCUUUAUGUCUAGUCAAAGGAGCAGAUCUCAGAGAUUUCAUUGUUUUUGACAAACAAUCAUCACAAAAAAUGAGGCAGAUUUUGAAAACAUUGAUGGAAGAAACAACACGUCAGCAGAGCAUGAUACAGGAGCUCAUAGAGAAAAACCAGCAACUUAAAAGUGAACUUCAGCUAGAACAGAACCGAGCGACACACCAGGAACAGCGAGCCAAUGACCUGCAACAGAUUAUGGACAGUGUGAAAUCCAAAAUUGGUGAAUUGGAAGAUGAAUCCCUAAACAGGGUUUGCCAGCAACAAAAUAGAAUAAAAGACCUUCAAAAGGAAUAUAAAAUGUUACAGAUGAAAUGCCAGCACUAUAAGAAAAACCGAAUGGAGCAAGAGGAGACCAUUGCUUCUUUGCAAAAGGAGAUCCACAGACUUGCCAAAGAGGAGAAAGAGCGCAUUGUCACUCAAAACAGAGUGUUUGCCCAUCUUUGCAGAAGGGUCCCUCAUUCAGUCUUGGAUAAACAAUUGCUUUGUCUAAUUGAUUACUAUGAAUGUAAACUUAGAAAACUUCAUAUACAAAGGCAGUUUGAGGAAGACAGUCAGUCAGAAGAAAAAGACUACACAAACCUGGGUGCCUCACCAAAUUAUAAAGGCGUUCUGAUGUCGUUACAGAAGCAACUCAAGGAAUCCAGGUCCAGGAUCGACGUGCUGGUAGGUGAGAAGCUGAGCCUCCAGAAAGAUCUGGAAAACAGGCCCACAGAACACGAAUUAAGACUUUAUAAACAGCAAGUGAAGAAACUGGAAAAAGCCCUUAAGAGAAACAUAAAAUUACAAGAUCUUAUUGGUCAAAAAAAGUCUGAUGACACAGAGAAAAAAGAUGAGCCCAGCAAAGACAGCCAUCAACAGGCUCUGGUUGACCAGAGAUACUUUCAGGUGCUGUGCAGCAUCAAUUCAAUUGUUCACAAUCCACGAGCUCCGGUGAUUAUUUAUAAACAGAGCAAAGGAAGAGCCCAAAACGGCAAUAAAGAUAUUGGUCAAGAUUGUGGAUUUGAACAUCUUGUUCCUAUAAUAGAAAUGUGGGUAGAUGAACUGACAUCCUUAAAGGAUUUGUAUAAGUCCUUGAAAGUACUGUCUGCAGAACUGGUGCCUUGGCAUAGCUUAAAGAAACUGGAUGAAAAUGAAGGUGUCAAAGUAGGAGAUCUGUUGUUUAUGGUAGAUACCAUGCUGGAAGAAGUUGAAAACAAGAAAGAGACCAGCAGCACGCCGAACUCUCAAACUUUGCAAGCUAUUGUUUCUCACUUCCAAAAGCUAUUUGAUGUGCAGUCUUUAAAUGGAGUCUAUCCCCGGAUGAAUGAAGUGUACACCAGGCUUGGAGAAAUGAACAACGCUGUAAGGAACCUUCAGGAGCUCUUAGAAUUAGACAGUUCGUCGUCAUUGUGUGUGGUGGUCAGCACAGUUGGGAAGCUGUGCGAGAUAAUUAACAAGGAUGUGAGUGAGCAGGUUAAACAAGUGUUGGGACCUGAGGACCUACAAAGUAUUAUGAAGAAGCUGGAAGAGCAUGAGGAAUUUUUUCCAGCGUUCCAAGCUUUUACUAAUGAUCUUCUUGAAAUCUUAGAGAUUGAUGACUUGGAUGCCAUCGUACCUGCAGUAAAGAAAUUAAAGAUACUUUCAUACUGAAAACAAAUCACGUCAACUUUACUGUGUAAAUUGCAUUCUUAACAUUCUAAGCAUUUGUAAAGGUCUGAUCCAGAGACAAGGCUAUACACAUAUCAGCCUCAGAAUUCAUCCUACCCAUAUGUUUUUUAUUUUUGGUUAUUUAAUAAAAUGUAGCUGUUAAGUUAUUAAAAUAGUGAAUUAACUUUAGAUUCCUUAAUCGUUUCCUAAGCAAUGCGUGAGUGCUCUAAACUGUAAGGAAGAGAUCGUGUGUAACGGAGACAUUGCAAAGUAUAGAAAGUCGCAGUUAACUUCAAAGUUUAAUGACCCUUUGGUCAGAGAAAAAAGAAUGCCAGUUGCUUUCUAAGCCCAAUCAAUAGGAAGCCUCUGUUCUCCAGGCAAGGAUUAAUGCGCAUAUUCUAUUAAGAAAAAUUUACAGCUAUUGCCCUGUCAAAGCAAGACGAAAAGGCUCUGUCUUUGUAUUGAGAUAGGAAGUUAGUCAUGGAGUGAAAUAGAUGGUUAGGUAGAAGUGUUUCUGUGUCUUUAUUUGCAAUACUGUGUAAUGUACUUUUAUAAAGAAAUAAGAUCACAAAUAAAGUUUUUGUACAGAGUUUCCAAACGUAAGUGUCCUUAGUGACUUACCUGUAUUGCUAACAAUAGAGUUGUGUUCCCUCCCUAGGCUGACUCCCUUGGCGCUAUCCUUCCUGCACGUUACUGAAGAGUUCUGUUCUUACUGCUCUCUACUUGUUCUCUAGUCUCAGUAUUCAUUC